CUACUCAGGAGGUUGAGGCAGAAUUGCUUGAACGCAGGAUGUGGGAGUUGCCCUGAGCCGAGAUGGGGCCACUGCACUCCAGUCUGGGUGACAGAGCGAGACUUCAUCUCAAAACUAAAAAAUAAAAAUAAGAAAAAAGAAGCCAGGUGCAGCGUUUCAGAGGUUAAAGAAACCAAACAUACCCUCUAGUGAAGCCCAAUCUCCUACAAAUGAGAAAACUGGCCAGGCAGGGUAGAUUAGGGACUUACUCGCUUUUAGCACUAAAGUUACACAGCCUGUGAGCUUCAGGGCUGGAGAUGCAAACCGAGCUUGGGUUUCUCCAGUAGUUAGUAAUGGAGAUGCAUAUGGAAAGGAGACGGGAUUAGGAGGGGUGGAAACCAGGUAGGUUUUAAUUUAGUGCCUCGUCUCCCUCAGCUGCAGAGCUACUUCCUGCGUUGGGGGAGGGGAUUAAAGAUGACUCAGACCUGUCCUGGCCCAGAGAAACUCCGUUUGCAAUGCUGUAGCAUAGUUUUUAUUUGGGUUUGCGGGAGGAGGUACUGAAUACACAUACAGGCAAAACAGUAAGUGUAGAGUUCAGAAUUGGGAAACCAGUCCCUCUUCUGCAGCUGUUUAGCUGUGCGAUUUGGGAUAAGUCACUUAACCUUUCCGAAUUGCAGUUCAGUUUAUACUUUUGUGCAUUUCUUUCAGUCUUUUUCUAUGCAUUUUAGGAGCUUCUUAGAGAUCAGUUUUGCCCUAUAUUUCACCUCAGUCUUUCCCAAAACUAAAGCCUCUUGUUUCGUAGAGCGGUGUUUCAGCCCCUUUUACAGAGCAGUUUGCCAGCCUGUGCUUGCCCAAACAUCUAGAGAAUAACUAGCAAGCGAGCCAGGAUAAGAUCCAGGAGCUGUAAGAAUCGUUAGCAACUGAGCAUAUUUCUAUAAACCAAUAAAGGUUUUUCUAUUUUGUUCAUCUGUUACCCUUAUGCUGUUGCCACUUUCACAUGCAGUGUCUGUAGGCGGAGAGUAUGAGAUAACAGCAUUUCACAAAUGAGUGGAAAAGGGCUGCUUCCCCUUUAAGGCAGUUUCAGCUCCAGCUCCCUCCCCUUUCCUGAUUGACAAACCUACCCGAAGUCACAUGAUCUGCCUCUAUUUGAAGGUCACAAAAAGCUGCUUCCUUUAGAGACAGAGGGGGAGAGAGAGAGCAAGAGGGAGAGUGUGUGAGAGAGAGUUAGUUCAAGCCAAAAUGGCCGACAGAGUCUCUGCUGGUUUCUGAAUAUUUAAAAUACAAAAAAACAGAUAGACAAAAAGAAUUCAUUUUUUGGACCUUUUUUCAUUUCCAUUUCUACCUUGUAUGCCUCAAUUUGCUGGAUUUAAGCACUGCUGCACUUUAUGAGAGAGAAGGAGCAAGAAAGGGAAGAACAGUUAAUGGAAGACAAGAAAAGGAAGAAAGAGGAUAAAAAGAAAAAAGAAGCCACUCAGAAGGUCACGGAACAAAAAACCAAAGUGCCCGAAGUGACGAAACCAAGUUUAAGCCAACCAACGGCCGCCAGCCCAAUUGGCAGCUCUCCAUCGCCACCAGUCAAUGGUGGCAACAAUGCCAAAAGGGUGGCAGUGCCGAACGGACAACCGCCAAGCGCCGCCCGCUACAUGCCUCGGGAGGUGCCACCGCGAUUCCGUUGCCAGCAGGACCACAAAGUGUUACUAAAACGUGGGCAGCCCCCUCCACCGUCCUGCAUGCUCCUCGGGGGUGGGGCAGGGCCUCCUCCCUGCACAGCACCUGGAGCAAACCCAAACAACGCACAAGUGACAGGAGCGCUGCUGCAGAGUGAGAGUGGGACUGCGCCAGAGUCAACCCUUGGAGGUGCUGCUGCUUCAAAUUAUGCAAAUUCUACUUGGGGUUCGGGAGCCUCCUCCAACAACAGCACCUCCCCCAACCCAAUUCACAUCUGGGACAAGGUGAUUGUAGACGGGUCUGACAUGGAAGAGUGGCCUUGUAUUGCCAGCAAAGACACUGAAUCUUCUUCCGAAAACACCACCGAUAACAACAGUGCCUCGAACCCUGGCUCUGAGAAGAGCACUCUGCCAGGAAGCACCACUAGUAACAAAGGAAAAGGGAGCCAGUGCCAGUCUGCAAGUUCUGGGAACGAAUGUAAUCUUGGGGUCUGGAAAUCUGACCCUAAGGCUAAAUCUGUUCAAUCUUCCAACUCUACUACAGAGAACAACAAUGGACUAGGAAAUUGGAGGAAUGUGAGUGGUCAGGAUAGAAUUGGACCUGGCUCUGGCUUCAGCAACUUUAACCCAAAUAGCAACCCAUCUGCCUGGCCAGCACUGGUCCAAGAAGGAACUUCUAGGAAAGGGGCAUUGGAAACAGAUAAUAGUAAUUCCAGUGCACAGGUUAGCACAGUAGGUCAGACAUCCAGGGAACAGCAGUCAAAGAUGGAAAAUGCGGGUGUUAAUUUUGUUGUCUCUGGCAGAGAACAGGCUCAAAUUCAUAACACUGAUGGACCAAAAAAUGGAAACACUAACUCCUUGAACUUAAGUUCACCAAACCCCAUGGAGAAUAAGGGAAUGCCCUUUGGAAUGGGCUUGGGGAACACCUCCAGGAGCACUGACGCCCCUUCACAAAGCACUGGAGAUCGAAAGACUGGGAGUGUUGGAUCUUGGGGUGCAGCUAGGGGGCCUUCUGGAACUGACACAGUCUCUGGACAAAGCAAUUCUGGAAACAAUGGGAACAAUGGAAAAGAGAGAGAGGACUCCUGGAAAGGAGCUUCUGUUCAGAAAUCAACUGGGUCAAAAAAUGACUCUUGGGACAACAAUAACAGGUCUACGGGUGGGUCCUGGAACUUUGGCCCCCAGGACUCUAAUGACAACAAAUGGGGUGAAGGGAACAAAAUGACAUCUGGGGUCUCUCAGGGAGAAUGGAAACAGCCGACUGGGUCUGAUGAGUUGAAAAUUGGAGAAUGGAGUGGCCCAAACCAACCAAAUUCUAGCACUGGAGCAUGGGACAAUCAAAAGGGCCACCCCCUCCCUGAAAACCAAGGCAAUGCCCAGGCUCCCUGUUGGGGAAGAUCUUCCAGCUCCACAGGAAGUGAAGUUGGAGGUCAAAGCACUGGAAGCAACCACAAAGCAGGAAGUAGUGACAGUCAUAACUCUGGCCGUCGGUCAUACAGGCCCACACAUCCUGAUUGUCAGGCUGUCUUGCAGACUCUUUUGAGCCGAACUGAUUUGGACCCCAGGGUGCUCUCAAACACCGGCUGGGGCCAAACUCAAAUUAAGCAGGACACAGUGUGGGACAUUGAAGAGGUGCCAAGGCCCGAGGGGAAAUCUGACAAAGGAACUGAGGGGUGGGAGAGCGCUGCCACACAGACCAAGAACUCAGGGGGCUGGGGAGACGCACCCAGCCAAAGCAAUCAAAUGAAGUCUGGAUGGGGGGAGCUCUCAGCCUCUACAGAGUGGAAAGACCCCAAGAACACCGGAGGCUGGAAUGACUACAAGAACAACAACUCUUCUAACUGGGGAGGAGGACGACCUGAUGAAAAGACAUCUUCCUCUUGGAAUGAGAACCCCAGCAAGGAUCAGGGGUGGGGAGGUGGACGCCAGCCCAAUCAAGGAUGGACCUCUGGAAAGAAUGGUUGGGGAGAGGAAGUAGAUCAAGCAAAAAACAGCAAUUGGGAAAGUUCUGCAAGUAAACCUGUGUCUGGGUGGGGUGAAGGAGGGCAGAAUGAAAUCGGAACUUGGGGUAACGGUGGGAAUGCAAGCCUAGCUUCAAAAGGUGGGUGGGAGGAUUGCAAAAGAUCCCCAGCAUGGAAUGAGACAGGCCGACAGCCCAAUUCCUGGAAUAAACAACACCAACAGCAGCAGCCGCCACAGCAGCCACCGCCACCACAACCAGAGGCUUCUGGUUCGUGGGGAGGCCCACCCCCACCACCUCCAGGCAGCGUUCGACCUUCCAAUUCCAGCUGGAGCAGCGGGCCACAGCCUGCAACCCCUAAGGAUGAGGAACCCAGUGGUUGGGAAGAGCCAUCCCCGCAGUCAAUUAGUCGGAAAAUGGACAUUGAUGAUGGCACUUCAGCAUGGGGAGACCCCAACAGUUAUAACUACAAGAAUGUGAAUCUGUGGGAUAAGAAUUCCCAAGGGGGCCCAGCACCUCGGGAACCAAACCUGCCUACCCCAAUGACCAGUAAAUCAGCAUCAGUCUGGAGCAAAAGCACACCACCUGCUCCAGAUAAUGGUACUUCCGCUUGGGGUGAGCCAAAUGAAAGCAGUCCUGGGUGGGGCGAGAUGGAUGAUACAGGAGCAUCGACCACAGGCUGGGGGAACACGCCCGCCAACGCUCCCAAUGCCAUGAAGCCUAAUUCCAAAUCUAUGCAAGACGGCUGGGGGGAGAGUGACGGGCCAGUCACAGGAACUCGCCAUCCCAGCUGGGAAGAGGAGGAGGAUGGAGGAGUCUGGAACACCGCUGGCUCUCAGGGCAGUGCUUCCUCCCACAACUCGGCAAGCUGGGGACAAGGAGGAAAGAAACAAAUGAAGUGCUCACUUAAAGGAGGAAACAGUGAUUCAUGGAUGAAUCCUCUUGCCAAACAGUUUUCAAAUAUGGGAUUGCUGAGUCAGACUGAAGAUAAUCCAAGCAGCAAAAUGGAUUUGUCUGUCGGAAGCCUUUCAGAUAAAAAGUUUGAUGUGGACAAGCGAGCGAUGAAUCUCGGGGAUUUUAAUGAUAUCAUGAGGAAGGAUCGAUCUGGGUUCCGUCCACCUAAUUCCAAAGACAUGGGAACCACAGAUAGUGGGCCUUAUUUUGAGAAGCUGACUUUGCCUUUCUCCAAUCAAGAUGGGUGCCUUGGGGAUGAGGCUCCCUGCUCUCCCUUCUCCCCUUCUCCCAGCUACAAGCUGUCUCCCUCUGGUUCCACACUACCCAACGUCAGCCUUGGAGCAAUCGGCACAGGGCUCAACCCCCAAAACUUCGCUGCUAGACAAGGCGGUAGUCAUGGUUUGUUUGGAAACAGCACAGCACAAUCGAGAGGUCUGCACACACCAGUGCAGCCACUAAAUUCUUCUCCCAGUCUCCGGGCGCAAGUGCCUCCCCAGUUUAUUUCCCCCCAGGUUUCUGCCUCAAUGCUCAAGCAGUUUCCCAGCAGUGGCCUGAGUCCAGGUCUUUUCAAUGUGGGGCCCCAGUUAUCUCCUCAACAAAUUGCCAUGCUGAGCCAGCUUCCACAAAUUCCCCAGUUUCAGUUGGCAUGUCAGCUUCUCUUGCAACAGCAGCAACAGCAGCAGUUGUUACAGAACCAGAGAAAGAUUUCUCAAGCUGUACGCCAACAGCAAGAGCAGCAGCUGGCUCGAAUGGUGAGUGCACUGCAGCAGCAGCAGCAGCAGCAGAGGCAGCCAGGCAUGAAGCACUCGCCCUCUCAUCCCGUCGGGCCCAAGCCGCAUCUGGACAACAUGGUACCCAACGCAUUGAAUGUGGGGCUCCCAGACCUUCAAACCAAAGGGCCAAUACCUGGAUAUGGUUCUGGCUUCAGCUCUGGCGGCAUGGACUAUGGCAUGGUUGGUGGGAAGGAGGCUGGAACUGAGUCUCGCUUUAAACAGUGGACCUCCAUGAUGGAGGGGCUGCCCUCUGUAGCCACACAGGAAGCCAAUAUGCACAAAAAUGGCGCUAUAGUGGCCCCUGGUAAGACCCGGGGAGGGUCACCGUACAACCAGUUUGAUAUCAUCCCUGGUGACACACUGGGUGGCCAUACGGGUCCUGCUGGUGAUAGCUGGUUACCUGCCAAAUCUCCACCAACAAAUAAAAUCGGAAGUAAAUCCAGCAAUGCCAGUUGGCCUCCAGAAUUCCAACCAGGAGUGCCAUGGAAAGGUAUCCAAAACAUUGACCCUGAAUCUGACCCCUAUGUCACCCCAGGAAGUGUGCUGGGGGGCACAGCCACAUCUCCCAUUGUAGAUACUGACCACCAACUGCUGCGGGACAACACCACAGGGUCUAAUUCUUCCCUCAACACCUCGCUGCCUUCACCUGGUGCCUGGCCCUACAGUGCCUCUGACAAUUCCUUUACCAACGUUCAUAGCACUUCAGCAAAGUUCCCUGAUUACAAAUCAACAUGGUCCCCAGAUCCCAUAGGACACAAUCCCACUCAUCUCUCCAACAAGAUGUGGAAAAACCAUAUUUCCUCCAGGAACACUACACCGCUGCCCCGCCCACCUCCUGGUCUGACCAACCCCAAACCAUCAUCUCCCUGGAGCAGCACAGCACCCCGAUCAGUCAGGGGGUGGGGGACACAGGACUCGCGGCUCGCCUCGGGUGAGGAGGAUCUGCCUAAAGGAGCACCAUUGUCCAUCCACAAGGGGCUUAUGUUAACACAGAUGGUGAAGACACCAAGAGGUCUUCCCAAGAGAGGAAGUCAUGGUUGUCUGGUUUUUCUUCUGAUAGAGGAGAAGCUACCUCUUGAGUGAAAGUCGUAGUCAGUAUAAGGCAAAGGGACCCAACAACUCCCAAGGGACAGAUGGAGUAAAAUGAGUGAGUAAAAAUGGCAGAGUGGGGCCGGGCGCGGUGGCUCAAGCCUGUAAUCCCAGCACUUUGGGAGGC